AUGAUACGCUUCCUUUUCGAUAAAGAUAAAGAAUUAGUAUGGCAGUUGAUUAAUGAAAACGGAACAUCCAUACAUAUUUAUAUUUCAAUAUUGCUGAUCGAUCAGUUGCUCCAUUCUCACAAGACCUCUUCACCCACUCACGCCAUCUAUAUACCCGAUGAUUUUAUUUACUUUUUUUCAAAAUCUUCAACACAGACAAGAUGA